AUGGAAAACUCACUUGACGCAGGUAGCUCUCGAAUCGCCAUCGUGGCGAAGUCUGGUGGCCUGAAGAUGCUGCGCAUCGAAGAUGAUGGUCAUGGGAUCCGGGCGGAUGACCUGCCGAUCCUGUGUGAGCGCUUCACCACCUCCAAGCUGCGGAAGUACGAGGACCUCAGUAGCAUCGGCACCUUCGGUUUCCGCGGCGAAGCAUUGGCUUCAAUCAGUCAUGUGGCCCAUGUGACCGUCACCACCAUGACUAGCGGCGACGACUGCGCACGAGUGGCUCAGUACAAUGAGAGCAAGAUGCAAGGCCCAGCCAGGCCAUGUGCAGGAACUCGAGGAACGACCAUUGUUGUUGAGGACAUGUUCUACAACAACCCAACUCGGAGACAGGCCCUCAGCAAGGAGAGUAUCGAGCAUGCGAAGGUGCUGGAGGUUGUGCAGCGCUACGCGAUCCACUACCCCAAAGUCGGGUUUAGUUGCCGGAAGAACACGAGUUCGGUCUCCGAGCUGACCACCGUAGGAGGUGAGGAUGUCACGGCCCAAGGCGUGAUCUCCACGAUUUAUGGCCAGAACUUGGCGAAGGAGCUCUUCCCUUAUUCUCUGGCGUCGGAAGAGCCCAAGUUCUCUUGCACCGGCUUUGCAUCGAGCCCUAACUACAUGUCUCGAUCUCUGACCUUCAUCCUCUUCAUCAACAACAGGCUGGUGGAGUCCGGGCCACUGAAGCGAGCCCUGGAGGCCGUCUACCAGAGCGUGCUGCCAAGACAUCAGCACCCCUGGGUCUACCUGGCCCUUGAGGUGAACCCGGCGGCCAUCGACGUGAACGUCCAUCCGACGAAGAUGGAGGUGCAGUUCCUUCAUGAAGAGACGAUUGCGCAGAAGCUGCAAGAGACGCUGCUCGCGCAGCUGCAGAAUAUGGGAGGCUCCAGGACGUUCGUGUCUGCCCUGCCAUCGCCAGGCAAAGGAGCUACAAUCGCAGAGAAGGAGAAGCCCAAAGUUCCGCAGCCUCUGCAGCUUUUACACCUCGCCCCACCUGCGGCGACCAGAGCCAGCGCAGGCCUCGACCAGAGGGAGGCGCCUGCGGUGUUGAACCCCACUCGGGUUCGGACGGACCACCGACAGAUGUCCUUGCAGUCCAUGUUCCUGGAAUCCCACUCACAGGCGGCUCAGGCAACGCAGGCAUCUCAGACGGCACAGGCAUCGCAAUCGCAAUUGGUGGUCGCUGCCUCAGCUCCAAGCAGUGCUUCGAGCCAACCGCUGGUCCAAAGGGGGCAGAUUUCUGGGCAGAUGUCCGAGGAGCGCCGUGCAGCUUUUGAGGAGGCUCAGCAGCUGACAUCCAUUGAAGAGCUGCGCAUCUCCGUGGCCGUGGCUGGCGACACCGAGCUGUCCGAGUUGCUGAACAAAUCCGUGUAUGUUGGACCCGUGACACGGGAGCUCGUGCUUCUCCAGUGUGAGAAGUCUCUCUGCAUGGUGAACAUCGCGAUCCUUGCACGGGAGUGUGCCUACCAGCGGUUGCUCAGGCUAAUCGGCGGCGUGGGUUGCAUCACUCUGGCAGAGCCCCUGCCUUUAGCCGAGCUCCUGAAGUUGGGUAUUCAGGACCCUGACUCGGGCUAUGAUCCCCUGCUGCAUGCAUCCGUCGACAUCGAGGCCAUGGCAACUCGCUUCCUUACGUUGCUUCUUGAGAAGGCCGAGCUGCUCAACGCCUACUUCAUGCUGGAGAUCGAUGUUUCGGGCAAGUGCCUGAAGGCGCUGCCGAAUGGGCUGGGCCUGAAAUCCGACAUGGGAUGUAACUUUGAGACGCUGCCCCUUUUUCUUGUCCGGCUUUGUGCCGAAGUGGACUGGGAGGAGGAGAAGCCCUGCCUUGAGGGCAUCUGUCAGGUGAUCGCCGAUUUCAGUGCGGAGCUGCUGCUGCCCAGCGAAGCCGAAGCGGACAUCUACCAGCGGGGCCGGGCCGCGGUGGAGGAGCUGAAUGCCGCCGUCCAGUCCGGUGAGUUUGACGACAUCGUCGCAGCUUCUGCGGCCAAGAGGCAACGCACCACAGAGGAGCUGCAAGGCCUCCGCUGGCUGCAUGAAGCCUUGCGCCGGGAUGGGGAGUGCCAAUGGCCCCGAGAGCUGGCGACCGAUGGUACCUUCCUGGAGUUAGCCUCUCUGGAUCAGCUCUACAAGAUCUUCGAACGAUGCUGA